UCGAGAUCUGUUUACCUUUGUGUCAAUAUAAUCAGUAGAUUUUAUAUAGAUAAUAUUUGUAUAUAUAGGUUAUACAGCGAAACAUCGUCAGUUAAUAGUGUGGAUAUUUUGUCAAACUUUCACAAUGGAACAAAAGACUUAUGUAACGGGUUUCCAUGACGACACAGCGGUGUCAAAGGUGACAUACAACCUACUAGGUAACACAGGGAUGUCCGUAUCAGCUCUUAGUUUAGGUGCCUCCUCCUUCGGGAGCGUUUUCCGUGAUACAGACGAUACAGAAAGCUUGCAAGUUCUCGAGCUUGCCGUGCGCAGUGGGAUCAACUUGAUUGACACUGCACCGUGGUACGGGCACGGGAAAUCUGAGACCGUUCUCGGGAAAGGCCUUGCGAAUAUCCCUCGUUCUAGUUACUACCUGACGACAAAAGUUGGCAGGUAUCUACCUGACCCGACGGAAAUGUUCGACUUCCGUGCUGAAAGAGUGAUCCGAAGCGUUGAUGAGAGUUUACAAAGGUUGGGACUAGACUACGUGGAUGUUAUUCAGGUUCAUGAUAUGGAAUUUGCCCCCAGUCUAGACAUCAUCAUUAACGAGACUCUGCCAGCACUACAGAAGGUGAAAGACUCCGGGAAAGCAAAGUUCAUCGGUAUAACCGGAUAUCCUCUGGAGAAUUUCAAGACAGUGCUAACAAGAAGCCAAGUUAAGAUAGACACUAUAUUAACAUACUGUAGAGGUUGUAUGAACGACAAUGCUCUACAAGAAUAUAUGCCAUUUUUCAAGGAACAAGGGGUAGGCGUCAUAAAUGCUUCCGCAAUAAGCAUGGGACUACUUUCAAACAGAGGUGCUCCAGCAUGGCACCCGGCUCAACAAAAUAUCAAAGAUGUAUGCCGAGAUGCGGCGACGUAUUGCAGGGAGAGAGAUGUUGACAUUUCUAGACUUGCCUUGAAGUUUACAGUGAGUCAACCAGGUAUUGCUACAACACUCGUUAGUACAGCCAGUUUAGAAAAUAUGCGAAAGAACCUUGAUUCUAUGGCAACACCGUUAUCUACAAAAGAACAGAGCGUUCUAGAUGAGGUCAUGCAAAAGCAUAUGAAACCCCUGAACAACCAACAUUGGGAAGGCAUUGAAGUAAAUAGGUAUUGGGAACAGAUUAAAGAAGCCAAGAAAUCUAACACAGCAUGACAUACCAUGAUUUCUAUGAUGAUUUUUUUUUCGCAUCUUUUAUUUGUUUACGUGGCAGAGGACGAAUAAUGAAAUAUAGAAAAACAUGCUAGAAAAUGUAAACAAAAACUUGGGGAAAUAUUUGGGUUACUGUUGCCAUUGUUAUAUUA